AUGUACAGAAGCCCAAAUGUGGAUCACUUCACUUUUGUUCUGACGGACAUCGAAAGCAAGUACAAGUUCGGAUUCUGCCGAUACGCGACCCGGGCUGAGACAUGUUUGUGCAUCGUCAGUUGCCUGCCUUGGUACGAGGUAUUCUACAAACUCCUGAACAGUUUGGCGGAAAUUUUGAACCGGACGGACAAUAACGCCAUCGGACCACUGCUGUCGGCCAUCACGCAGCGUCCCAUGCCAUCGCCUAAUGAACAGGUCGAAAUUAUAUCUGCUUGUGCCAAACAGUCUUUCACAUUCACAUGUCCCGAUCCUGAACGCUUGCCUACAGUUCCUGAAAAUAGAAAUCUAACUGAGUAUUAUACUGCCAUCGACCCUCACAAUAUGAUGGUGAUUUUUGCCAGUAUGCUGUAUGAGCGUCGUAUUUUAAUAACGUCACGUCGGAUGAGCCGCCUAACUGCCUGUGUCCAUGGGUCUGCCUCACUUCUCUACCCAAUGUACUGGCAACAUCUGUAUAUCCCAGUCUUACCCGCUCAUCUCCUUGACUACUGCAGUGCACCGAUGCCAUUCAUGAUUGGAAUUCAUUCUAAUCUUAUGACGAAAACAAAACCGAUGGAAUUGGGUGAUGUAGUGAUAUUAGAUGCUGAUAACAACACAGUUAUUACUGAAUAUGAUGACCUUGCUACCCUACCUCCGGAGAUUGUUUCAUCACUAAAAAAGAGGUUAAAAGGUCAACAAACUGACAAGAUCAAAACCGAUAGCGGCCUGGGCGGGGAUGGGCUUGCACGGGCCUUUCUCAAGGCGCUGGUUGGCCUGAUUGGGGGAUAUCGAGAUGCCUUGAAGUUCCGAGAAGGGGAGCAGAUCACAUUUGAUCGGGAAGCGUUUGUGAUUUCGCGGCCACCAAGUAUGCAGCCAUUCUUGGAGAAAAUAUUACAAUUACAAAUAUUUGUGCAGUUCAUCAACGACCGCUUGGACCUGCUCAACACGGGGCAAGGCUUCACGGACGAGUUUGAGAUGGAGGUGAACAUGUGGGCAGAUAAGAUGGGCACGAGUUCAAAAUAUAAGGAGUGGCUCAGUAGUGCAAAGAAAAAGGGGAAGCAUUUAAAGAGGGAAGGCAAAGAGAAAUGGAACGACUUCACAAGCAAGGCUAACCCAGCCGUGAAGUCAGCCGUCAGGACCGUAAAAGACAAAAGCAAGAAGGCCUACAAAGAUUUUAGAUCAAAAUUUGAUGAUUUGAAAAAGGAUACUUCCAAACUUGGCACGAUUCUGCCCCUGCAAGACAGUGAUGAUGAUAUGCAUGCAUACCAGAAAUUCUCGGAUGACGACAUUCUGACGUCUGUAAUAUACCGCAGUGGAACAUCCCAUGCCCUCGGCCGGGAAGGUGGCGCCACCACCCUUGCACAGCAGCUUCGGCCAUCACGACCACCACGACCCCCACUUCCCGACCGCCGGCAGACAAUGGGUAGUACCCACCGAUUGGGACAGUCUCAAACAUCAGGGAAACCAAAGCAGUACAAACUGAUGAGCUUGGACGACAUGUCCAUAGCCGACAGCGACAAGAUGCUUGAAGCACCGAGGACGAGCAUACGAUUAUUUGACGACCCAGAUAUCCAGUUGGCAUUGAAGAAGUCAUACAGUCUGGAAGAUAUCGUAUCUAAGUCUAAGAAAGAGAGUUUGCUUGAAGAUGAUGAAGAAGAAGUGUUUAGCGAAUCGUCCAGCGACGACGAAUCGGAAGGUGUUAAGAUUCUAACCGGCCCACCAGUUGCUCCGCCAAGGAAGAAACGACCCGUCGAAUAUACGCUAUCAGGAUCAAAGAAAUACUCAUCAGGAAGCGAUACGAGUUCAUUGUCUUGUCCUGGGGAUGAGGUUGACCACCCGAUUGUCCCUCCGAGGCGAGCAAGUUCUCGGCGCACGGAGAAAGCACUCAUCGAUUUGAAUUCGCCAGAGUCGCAGGUGGAAGGUUCUGCAAAUGCGUUUGUUGAUAAUUUUGUUCAGAAGCGUGCACAAGAUAUCAACCAUGGUUUUCCCACGCUGGCCUCAAUACGUGGGCAGGAGGUAACUGGGCGAGAGCGCACUCCAGAAGCGGAAAAUGCUGUCCAGAAAUUACGGGAUAUGUAUGCCAGACUCGAGGACACUAAAAACUCGUCGCCGGAACAUGAAGUAAAUUUAGACAUCCGCACAAUCCAGUCGCGGCAUGUUGGUAACGUCACAAAAUUAAAAGCGGUAUACCUGGGUCAAGAAGAGUCACCCGUGGCAGCCCAUCGUCCGCUACAGUCGCGCUCAUCGGUGGUUUCUCGGUCACCGGCAUUUAAACGACCAAGUGAUGAGAAACCAGAGUUACAACGCUCUAGUAUAGAGGGUGCUUCAGACAUGGACUUAUUUGAUCCGCUAUCAAGGUCGAGCGUUUCGCCUCAAAAAGGAACAACAACAAUGACUUCCGAGGAUGUUAACUUACUCAAGGACUGGAGUUUGAAUUUUUCAAGUCUUGCGUCGGGUUCAAAUUCUACUGUUCCUCAGUCCUCAGUUUCGAACAUUAAUCAGAAUAUAUCAAAUCAGAAUCGAACAGUUGGGCCCUUCUGCGGACCUAGUGCUAAUCAGUCUCAAGGUCUAUCAGUACAGACUCCACCACAGCCUAGUGGCUAUCAGACUGGAUAUACAUCGAGUGGUUUUUCACAAAUUUCCCAGACGGGUGUUCAGCCGCGCCAAUCACCUUCUGGGUCACCAAACAGUCUUAGGUCAGCACGCCCCCCGCAUCAACAGUUCAUGUCAUCGCCCUCACCCCCUGGUGCUCAAACCGGUUUAAUGUUUACAAAUUCUGCGCCUCCGAGUGCAAUACCGGUGCCAACUCCAAGGAACUCUAUCGCCCAAACGACUCCUCAAAACUUCACGCCGGUACCGGCUCCAAGGAACUCGGUUGGUGGGAACCCGACUACCCUGCUGCGGAUGAAUACUACUGGUGCUAAGACGACUGCUGAUCCAUUUGGUGAUCUGGUGGAUAUCAGUCAAGUCAAGUCUUCGAACAAUCAGCAGACGUGGGAGAAAUUUGAGUAGAAGAAUAUGAUUCUGUAAAUGAAUGCUUAUAUUUAGAUCAACCUAGCUUUGCUUUCCCGAGUCUUAGAAAUUGUUGCUUCUGAAGAAAAAUACUUGACAACCAAAGAUCUGUCCAAUUUGAGCUCCUACCAGAGAGGGAUUUAACUUUGCUGCUGCAAAUGGGUGUGAGAAAUGUGGGUUCAUGUGGUUGCCUUGAAGCCUUAGGUGCUACAUGUAUAUGUCACCCAAAAUGGUGAUUGUGGCACUGCAUAUUGCAGUGAAAUCCCCUUAGUCUACGUGCACUUUUUUGGAGGGGGUAAAGGGGGAUAAGAGUGCUCUUAAUUAUUAUUAUGAGACUUAUAUAGCGCUAAAUCCAACUGGUUUCAGUCGCUCAAAGCGCUUCACAUUAUUACCCCUAACUAUUGGCCUGUACAUUCUUGGUUCAAGCUCUACUCUCUGGGAGUAUUACAGGUCCGAGCUGCAGCUAUACAUCGCUCAGGACUAACAUUCAUAGUGUGGCAACUCUGCCAGCUAGGUACCCAUUUACUCCUGGGUGGAGAGAAGCAAGUAGGGUUAAGUGCCUUGCUCAAAGACACGAAGACGAAACAGCAGUGACCCUUCCGAGAAUCGAACCCACGACCUCCUGAUUAUGAGCCCGGUGCUCUAACCACUACGCCACUGAUCUACAUGUAUGUGAUUGUGGCACUGCAUAUUGCAGUGAAAUCCCAAUAGUCUAACUACACUUUUUGGAGGGGGUAAAGGGGGAUAAGAGUGCUCUUGGUCCAUUAUUAAAAAUGAUCAUGUUGUCAGUGUGAAUAAGUAAUCAGGAGAUGUUUAUAUAAGGUGCUUUAUGUAAUUAGAAAUAUAGUCAUGCUUUUCAUAUCUGCAGUACUCACCUGGCUGAAUUAACGAAUCGUUGAAUAUUUCCAUGCUUAUAUUAUAGGUUGAGUACAUGUAUAUAAAAAACGCAAGUCCAGCUCUAAUGAUCAUUACAGUGUCCCUGUGAGGAGGGUGGUUCACGGAUGCCUCAGAAAAUGAACCCAGACAUUCUAUCAAAUGCACAGGGAUGUACACUAGCAGUGCUUUCCGCACAGAAACUCUGUGACAAUCAUUAGUACCAGCCGGCAUCUCGUGAAACUCCUCCUUUAAAUAUUUGUUCUCAAAUGUGCAGUUGCGCGUGAUUACAAUUAUUGUUCUGAAAGAAAUAUAAAUUGGUGGCCCCCUGUGUAAGUCAAAUUUGAGAGAAUUUUUUUAGUAGAUAGAUGUAAAUUGUAUCCUACAUGUACAUGUACCUACAUGUAGUCUAUUAAGAUAAGAUAAGAUAAGGUAAGAUAAACUUUAUUUUUCAUCGGUAUGGGAAUACAUAAAAAACGUGAGCUGUGGUGGGCUCUUCAACCGAUAUCUAACAUGAUUAAAAUAACAAAAGAAUAAAUAAUACAGAGUUAUCACAAGAUUAAUUUACAAAUAGUAAAACAAUAGCCCUACAGGGUUAUGUCUCUAAAAGGCAAUAGUACAAACACAGUUUAAAAAGCGCACAUAGCACAUUUACAUUUAUCACUACAUUUAUUGAUACAUGUAUUCUCUGUUCAUCUAUUAUUGCCAAGCAAUAAGGGCUAGUCUGUUGGUUAAUUCUUACCGUUUUGCUGAUUACUCAACACAACGUUCUUUCAUUCAUAUAUUUUAUUUCGUUACCAAUCUCUAAACAAAAAAACUAAGUUACAACAAAUCAAUACAAUAUCAUAGUGACAUUACACUGACAUUUACUACAGUCAAUACAAUCUCCAAAUUUGGUACCUUCACAUUAUAUUGCAGUUGUUUCCAGAGGAUUUAUCAGUAAAUGGGAUAAACAUGUAUAUGUAUAUCAAAAUGGCUAUCAGAAAGCUUACCGUCACCAAAUACCAAGUCACCAUAAAGUUAUCACUUUUAAUACCCCACAGCACAUACAACAGUCUCCAGUCCAUGAUACAAGAAAAUACAAAUUCGAGAGUCCAACGUUAAUAAUCCAAGUCUGUUUGAUUCUAGGGCUUUGAAGGAAAUUAUCUAGUUCUACUUAUUUCAACUUCAGAAGUAGUGUUACAACUUUGGGCAACUUUGAUGCCAGUGGGGUUCCUUUUUAUCUGUCGAGGGUAAUGAACCACUAAUUGAAGGUAUCGGGUCUGUGUUGACUGAAUCCUUAGCAAAAUAUACUGUCUUCCAUUCCUCUUUUGGCGUGUUUGGACGUCCUGACAACCAAUUGCUGAUUCUUGCCCACAAACCUUGUACUGGUUCCUCUCGUGUCAUGGUCGUCAUUGAUGUUGCUCGUUUGAGAAUGUGUUCUUCAUGCACAUGUUCAUUCUUGAUCUUUAGUUCUUCAAGUUUGAAAUUUUGUUUGUCAAUUUUUCGCAUACGUUUGUCUUCUUUGUUUAUCUUGCUUUGUUCCCGUUUGUGAUAUAAACAUUCGGCCCAACAGCAUUUAAGA